AUGGCCACCCAGAUCCUAGAUUUCCAGCACUCGACGGGCCCAGCGCCAGCAUACGCGAUCGAGUCGGAUUCAGAGGACGACCAAUGGGCGGAUGAGCCGGCCCAGGACGCGGAUGGGAUGACCAAGUCGAGCGAGCUGCAGGGCCGAGAGGGACGGCUCGAAUGGCAGCCCGCGGAUCCGACCGGCCUCGAGUUCCCUGGCCAGUCCGGUCUGCUGGUGCUCGUCGGGGACGCCGGCCUGUUGGUGGGCAGCGGCCUGCCUGAUCAUCUCCGAUCACCCUCCCAGCCCUUCUUCCAUCUAAACCAAUUCCUCCUGCUCUCCCAAUCCGCACGAUUCGUCCUCACUCCCCGCCACGUCCCUCUCGAACUCCAAUCAGCUUUGGCCCAAAAGCUGCUCGCCGAUACCCAUCCUCCUAGCCUCACCAUCAUUUCGACCUACCAGGCCCCCACUUACAUCCCCUCCUCGGAAAAUUAUCCCAUUCGGUACCUGGCUUCAACUGUCUCCGAUCAUUCUUCUCCAUUGCCCCAGGCUCUUGAAAACCUUGGCUGUCAACAUUUUCAAGUCCCCAAUCUCAUCAAAGGCUUCGAGGCCGCCCUAAUCAUUCAAGCCAACAUCCUACAGAUCGACAGCAAGGUCAUACUAUUGCCUGCGAUAUCGAUCCCGCACGACGAAAAGUCAUCGACGUCGAUCCCUACGGGCCAGUAUGAUUUCUCGAGUGCGGCGACGGGCAUAGGAGGGAGUGACAGUCCGGGGCUGCCAGCCAGCCUGCUGGCGCUAGAUGACCCCGGUCUCCGUCGAACACUGGGUGCAGUCAUCGACGAAGCCUAUCUUCAAUACCUUCGGCCUCCUCAUGUCCAGGCCCAACACGAAACUCAUGCCCACUGGCGCUUUCCCUCCGCCUUGGAGCCCGCCCUCAGGGACUCAUUCAGGAGGAAUCUCAACCUCGAUCAGCAGCUUAAACCUAAACCUAAUGCGUCAGCUACCCAUAGCCACGAACUUGGAUUGAUGUAUAUGUAG